GAUGUCACUUAUCGUGGAGAAGCGGUUGGGAAGUUGCCGAUCACGGCCCGCGUUGCGAGAAGCUCUCAGCUGACACCUCCAUGCACAGAGCUCGACCGGACCCGCCUGAAGACCCGCUUCCAGUCAGCAAGCGCAAAAGCAAGAGUGGCAAGCGAAAGGCGGGUCCAUGGCUAAACACAGACCACCCGAUGAAUUCCGACAGCUGGGACGAGCCGGUUCAGCCUAAUGCAUCUUCUGGCGCUGAUGUUAUGGGUCCCAAACUCGGUGCGUUUGCAUUGAAAGCCUUCAAGGUGCCGACGCAGAAGCAGUUGGAGUUCUGGCAGACAGAUUCUAUGCCCACGCGGCAUCACCUUCCGAACCCGAAGGGGCAGAGGAUAAACAGACGGCGAGACAGGCAAGAGCAGUGGAUGAGUGGAGAUUGGCCACCCGGAGGGGCCAAUGAAGAGGUCGCCCGCGACAGAGCGGGUGCCAAUUCCAAGGAGGAGGCUAAGGAGGUCAAGACGACAGAUGCAAACUCGAAAGUUGGCACUGCUGCUACUGAGAGUGGAGAUUGGCCACCCGGAGGGGCCAAGGCGGUUAAGGAAGAGGUCGCCCCGGAACAAGAGAAGGAUGCCAAGACGACAGAUGCAGACUCGAAAGUUGCCACUGCCGCUGUUGGUGGAGGAGGGGUCAAGGAAGAGGUCGCCCCGAAGGAGGAGGCCAAGGAGGUCAGGAUGUCAGAUGUGGACGCGAAAGUGGCGACUGCUGCUGAUCCCACCCCUUCCUUCGCAAGCCCCUUCGAAGAGCACCGACCACACAGCGAAGAGCGUCCACGCGCACCUUUGCGCCGUCAGCUUCCGAUACCCCUGGGGCAAAGGACAAUCGGAGGGCAGCUUCGGCAACGGCGGGUCAAGGAAGAGGUCGUGCCGGAGAAGGAGGUCAAGAUGGCAGAGACGGGCUCGAAUGUUUCCGAGCCUGCUGUCCCCAGCCCUCGCUGUACAAGCUCCUCAGCCACCCAGCACCGUGUGUCGGUGCGACCGCAAGAUCGCGAAGGUUUGCAACAGGCACCUUGGCGCCGUCGGGUGCUCAGACGACAGCUUCGGCAGCAGCGGGUCAAGGAAGAGGUGGUGCCGGAGAAGGAGAUGAGAACGAAAGACGUGGAGGUGCAGGACCGUGCGUCGGUCCGGCCACAAGCGCUUCAACGCGCACCCUGGCGAUCUUCGAGACGCACGGGGAGCGUGAGGUGCGAGCAUUCGGAGAGCGCAAGUCGGACACCUUCUGGAAGUGCAGCCCGAGUGGCCACCAAUUUGAAGUUUGUCUGGGACGUCGCCAAGCAUGGUUUCGUCAGAGCCAAAAAGGAUUGCCGCCGUUUCAAGUCGAUGUCGACUGUUUUGAAGUGUUUUCGGUCGGACAUCCGAAAGUCCGAGUCGAGCUAUACUCCCAGUUGGCAGCAUGCUGGUGCAACAGCCGGAAGAUUUGCAUCACACUUCUCUUCGUUAGUUCUCAGGUCUCGAAAGCCGAAAGCCCCACAUUGGACUUCAAACCGAAGCCGAAGCCAUGACUCCGCCUCGAUGCCUACAGGCCGGUACACGCCUAGAGGUUACUCCACCGUAUGA